AUGGCAACCACAGAGGCAGCUGCUCCGUCAUUGCCAGACUAUGUGACGGAUGCUAAUGCCGUGAGUAAAGACGAAGCAAAAUGGAGAUACGGCAGAGCUCCGGACUACAGCAAGACUCGCAAGAUCUGGGCCGAGAGCAAAAAGUCAAACCACACCGCAGGCUCACUACCAGACCUGAUCGAAAAGCUGGUCAAGAACUGGGAGAUUGAGGCCUCGUUCAAGGUCGACCUUGCCGACUGGCGCACCGUUGACCGCGAGGCGUACUGCUUCUCGGUCAACGGCGGGCCGCCGCAGACUGGGCAGCACAUGCUCGAGGUCGGGACCUACAACGCCCUGAUCAAGUCCAACGAGUUCUACUGCCCCGCCCACAGCACCUUUGAGACCAGCCACAAGACCUUCAAGCGCAUGAUGCCGACUUUUGCCUGGGAGGUGCUUGAAGUCUACAGCGGGCCGCCCGUUGCAGCGUUUCGGUGGAGGCACUGGGGCACGUUCAAGGAGAAUUAUACGGGGUUUAACAGCAAGGGCGAAAAGAUCACCAUGAAAGCACACGGCGGGACCAUCGACAUUGAAGGCAUCGCCGUAGCCACGCUCAACGACAAGCUGCAGAUCAAAAAGGUUGACAUCUGGUUCGAUCCCAUGGCCAUGUUCCACCAGAUGAAGGAGGUUCUAGGCGACGAUUCGAUCAAGGAUAUUGUUCAUUCUGCCGCGGUCGGGGCCGAGGGCGAGGCUAGUGCUUAG